UCGCUGCCUUCCACCGCUUCCAUGUAGCAGCUGCAGACUUUAGCAAUCUGCAGAAAGGGGAGAGACCCUCACACCGAGACAAGAGACCCUCAUACACCAAAGGCAAUGAGAUCACGGAGCGACUGGACGGAGAGAGAUGACUUCAACGUGACGGACCGACUGCCUAGGUGGAUGUAAGAGCCCCCCCUUAUUUUGAAAUCGGGAGGCCUGGCUAUAGACGGAGGUCCUCAAGCUGGAAGGCGAGAAGAAGAGGUAAAAUGCUCUCUGGGGGGAGAGAAGAGAGGAUACCCCAAAUGUAGAAAGAUUGGACCUUAUGUUGCACAGAGGAGGGACGCCCCCCCACCUCUAAUGCUUAAAGAGACGGUUUCAUAGGUACUGUAGAUGCCUAGGGAUGUGAUGUGAGUCGGAAGAGAAGGAUCGAAUCAAGAAGGGAGAGAGCGUGGAAGAACGAGGACCAACGUGACAACCGGCAAGACGGGAAUCAAGGACCAGGCCUGGUGACCGGCGGGGACAUCUGACUGCUCUUAUGGCCCCGGUACAAGAAGUAAGAAAAGGAUAGACGUCAGCCUGCGUGGGAGAUGCCUAAUACCAGUGGUCGAACGGCUGCCCUCCUACUGAUCUUCGCCCUGGUGACCUUCCUUAUAAUUUUGAGUUCAAAUAACUAUGAGGAACCGUUCAACUACAAGGAUCUGAAAAUCAAACAUCACAAUCCGUCGAAUAUUAGAAAAUGGGAGCUUCAAGAUAGCUACAUCCCUGUGUCUGGAAACAAGACCCUUCACAACAAGUGCGGCAGUUGUGUCCUGGUCACCAGCUCAAGCCAUCUGCUUAAUACUGGCCUAGGCCCCACGAUUGACCAGUCAGAGUGCGUCAUCCGCAUGAACGAUGCCCCCACCACGGGCUACGAAAAAGACGUGGGCAACAAGACGACCUUCAGAGUGGUCGCACACUCCAGCGUGUACCGGGUACUGCGGCGACCUCAAGAAUUCUUGAGCCGUGCUCCAGGUCAGACCCUCAUAUUCUGGGGGCCUCCCAUUAAGAUGCAGAAGAACAGCAAAGCUAACCUGUACCAUAUCAUCCAGCGAGCCAGCUCCGCAUUCCCCAACAUGACCGCUUUAGUUGUGUCUCCUCAGAACAUGGCGCGAUUCGAUGAGCUUUUUCAGGCAGAAACAGGAAGAGACAGGAAGAAGUCCCAUUCGUGGCUGAGCACAGGUUGGUUUACCAUGGUCAUUGCAGUGGAGCUGUGUAACAAAGUCCACGUGUACGGCAUGGUGCCCCCCAACUACUGCAGUAAACAGCAGCACAAGAUGCCAUAUCACUACUACGAGCCAAAGGGUCCAGAUGAGUGCACCACCUACAUUCAGAAUGAACGCGGGCAAAGAGGCAAUCACCACCGCUUCAUCACGGAGAAACUGGUUUUUGCCCGCUGGGCACCUGUAUAUAACAUCUCCUUCUCCCACCCUGAGUGGUUCAAAGAUCCAGACAACUAAAAUAGUGGUGUUUGUGUCCUGUCUGUCCCACUUCACUGGUCUCCCGCUGUGGAAUGAAGUCCUUUAGACAAAACUGGGUCUAGAAAGGACGUAAAAGACAGUACGUGUCACCAAGUAAGAUGUCUGAACGAUGGACCCGGUGGUUUUGUGUAGGCUGGUCCAUGGGCAACACAUACAGAGCUAUGGAAAACUGCCUAUGCCUGUGAAAUCGGAAUGGGCUUGGCUCUCUUUCACGCAGCGGAUUACCCGCACGGCAUCCGCGUGUGUGAAAGAGCCCCAAGCGUUGCUUUCUUCUGGUCCUCAAAUAUGGACAGUUCGAGGCUUAGGACUAGGUCCGGUCAUUUCUGAAAUGCUGAAUGGUCAUACAGAUGGUAGUAUAAGCUUUGACAGUGUGUACAUCCUAAAAUGAGAGAUCUACUCACCUUCACUGAUCAAGAUCUUACCUUAAGAACAUACUUGAUGGAGGCUUGACUGCCACGGACCUGUGAAGAGCGCAAAGAUUUGAGGCCCAUGUGUGAAGUUCUUGAGUAGAUACACGUUCACAUGUGCCACAGACACUUGCAUUCCCCCCACAGGUUGAAGCACAAUUCCCUUCAGCUCCAUACGUCCCAACCUGUGGAGACAUUUUGCUGUAGCUCAGGUGUCCUCCAUAUCGUCAUGUCUGGUUUCCCAGGCCCAUUACUCAAAAGGAUGCUCACCUAAACAUAGAUUUUCCUUUGCGCCAACUGCACAUUAAAAGAAUAUUUUCUAUAUU